GGCACCGUUCCUGCCCACGGCCCGCUCGCGUCAUGUGAACGACCGAGGGGCACCCGAGACCAGCGGCGAAGAAGGAGGCGACUCGCGGCGGGAUGGAGGCAACUUUAGAGCAGCACUUGGAGGACACAAUGAAGAAUCCAUCCAUUGUUGGAGUCCUGUGCACAGAUUCACAAGGACUCAAUUUGGGCUGCCGCGGAACCCUGUCAGAUGAGCAUGCUGGGGUGAUAUCUGUUUUAGCCCAGCAAGCAGCUAAGCUAACCUCAGACCCCACUGAUAUUCCUGUGGUGUGUCUAGAAUCAGAUAAUGGGAACAUUAUGAUCCAGAAACACGAUGGCAUCACAGUGGCAGUGCACAAAAUGGCCUCUUGACAUCUUGUAUCAGUUCUCCAGCAGCUUGUCAUGGGGACUCAAUCAUACCUUAUGUUAAUUAUCUUAUAGAGCUAUUAGAGUUCCAGUAAUUAGGCCAUUCAUGUAAAGUGCAUUGGGCACUCUUCUAUUAAUUUUAGAAUAAGCUGCUUUUUGACACUCUGUGGAUUGACUUAUCAAAAUACUAGUUAAGGGAAGUAUGUUUUGAAGCAAGUUUAGGUCACUUUGUAUACAGAAUUUUGUUAUGUUUAAUAAAACUGGUUGGAGGAAAGCUUGGAUCUUUUCUGAAUUCUUUAAACUCUUAUCAAAUGUUUAUUUUUUCAAUUAUCAAAUUGUAAUUUUUCUUAAAAAGGUAACUGCUCCAAACCAUUCUGUUUUCGGAAGCUCCUGAAAUACAUAGAUUCUCACAGAAACAUCCAUGGAUAUAUAAAGUCAAGCAUACUCCUACCCCAUAAUAAAAACAUAAUAGUAGAUAUCGUAAGUACUUACUAUAUGCCAGGAACACAUUCAGUUCUCGUUAACAACCCUAUAUGGGUUCUCAAUAACAAAGAGGUGGAAGCAACUCAAAUGUCUGUCGAUGGGUGAAUGGAUAAACAAAAUGUAUAUACAUACCAUGGAAUAUUAUUCAGUGUUAAAAAAGAGAUUUUGACACAUGCUACAGCAUGGAGGACUCUAGAGGACAUUAUGCUAAGUAAAAUAAGCCAGUCACAAAAAGACAAAUCCUGUAUGAUUCCACCUAUAUGAGGUACCUAGAGCAGUCAAAUUCAUAGAGAUAGAAUGGUGGUUGCUAGGGUGAGGGGAAAAAAUGGGGAACUACUGUUUAAUGGGUAAAGAGUUUCAGUUUUACAAGAUGGAAAGAGUUCUAGAGAUGGAUGGUGGUGAUGGUGGCAACAAUAAUAUGAAUAUAUUUAAUACCGCUAAACUGUACACUUAAAAAUGGUUAAGAU